UGUUUAACCACCUGUUUUGAUCAUGUUUAAAUCGCAGCGUUUGAAAUUGUUUGACAUAUGAACGCUAUAACUGUGCGCGAUGCACAUCUCUAUCAUUUCAGGAUUUGUUGCACUAUGCCUUUAUAUUCAAGUCGUCGAAAGUGGCUGGUGUACCAGUCGAAGGCAACGUGUGGAACAAUACACAGUGCGAGUAUCUGGCUCACGGGCGAGUAGAUACAGUGCCAAAUGUGGCUUUUUAAAUUGGAAGAGGUGUACAAGAUAUCGAUACCACACGACAUAUUCGAGCCAACCAAGAGCAAGAACGGUAACAUAUUCUGUCCGAGUCUGCUGUGCCGGAUACAAGGGAUCAAAUUGUGAUAUUCCGAUAUGCAAUGGAGGGGCAUCGUGUUUCAAUGGCGGAACGUGUAUAAGACCAAACUACUGUGCAUGCCGCACGGGAUUUGCGUCACCCUCGUGUUCAGAUAUUGAUGAGUGCGCAUCUCGAAAUGGUGGAUGUGCUCAUACGUGCAUUAACACUGUUGGCAGUUACAGAUGUUCUUGUAGAACGGGUUAUGCCCUUAAUGGAAAGGCCUGUGUAGAUAUCAAUGAGUGUAACAAUGGAAAUGGUGGAUGUGCUCAAACAUGUACAAACACAGUCGGAAGCUACACAUGCUCUUGCAAAACAGGGUAUAGCCUUUCCACCACCAACAGGCGCAGUUGUAUAGAUAUUGACGAGUGCAAACUGGGGACUUCUCGUUGUGUACAUGGAUGCAUUAACACACUGGGGUCUUACAGAUGUUCGUGCCAAGGGGGAUACACUCUUCAGUCAGACGGAUUUUCAUGCAGUGAUAUCAACGAAUGUGCACAACUUAAUGCCGGCUGUAGCCAACGAUGUGUGAAUACCCAGGGUUCAUUUCGUUGUGAAUGUAAUGCCGGGUAUAGACUGAAUGGACAGAGUUGUGAUGAUAUUGAUGAAUGUGCUCUGUCAAAUCAAGGUUGUCAGCACAUAUGUGAAAACACACUAGGCUCAUAUCGCUGUUCCUGUAAUACUGGUUACGUCUUAGAUGACAACAAGAAAACAUGCAAAGAUGAAGAUGAAUGUACCCAAGAUCUUUGUGACCAAGGCUGUAGCAAUACUCCUGGAUCAUACAAAUGUUCUUGCAAUGCCGGGUAUGCACUCAGCAGUAAUGGGAGAACUUGCUCAGAUGUUGAUGAGUGUCAAAACAACAAUGGUGGAUGUGAUCCGGAUUUAAUGAAAUGUAUCAAUUCUAUUGGCUCAUUUGGUUGUGAUUGCCUCAACGGGUAUACACUUGAAGACGAAACAAGUAAAACAUGUGCAGAUAUUGAUGAAUGCCAGGAAUUCAAUGCUGGAUGUCAACAGAUUUGUAAGAACUCCGCUGGUUCGUAUAGCUGUGACUGCAAUUCUGGGUACUUGCUCCAGGAUGAUGCUGUGACCUGCGCAGACAUCGAUGAGUGUGUACAAGACACAGAUGGUUGUGCGGAAGGCUGUGUGAAUACCCCUGGCGGAUUUAGGUGUACUUGCAAGCCUGGAUUUUCUCUUGAAAGUAAUGGGAAACUGUGUGCAGAAACAAAUGAGUGUCUUACAAAUAAUGGUGGCUGUACGCAUACCUGUACUGACAACUAUGGCAGUUUUGUAUGUUCCUGUCCCGAUGGUUUCCUCCUUGGUCCUGAUAAGUUGACCUGCAUUGAUGAGUCAACAAUUGUAGAUGCAUGUCACCCUAAUCCUUGUAAACAUGAUGGAAAAUGUUCCCUUGCUGGAAAUGACGAUGGUUUCGCUUGCGCAUGCGGGGAUUCAGGGUUUGGAGGCAAGUUGUGUGACAAAGGAAUCUUAAAUGCUAAUGUUAUUGAUGAUUCAUUCAACUCUGGGCAGAAAUCGGGAUCCAUUCAAGUUCAGGCAAAGCCAGAUACCAGUCUUACUAUUACUCCUACUGCCCCGGGACUCUCGUUCCUACCUCCAUCCUUACAACUGACAAAUGAUGUAACAUCCGGUGUAUUUGACGUGAAAAGCAUUUCGUCGGGUGUAAAAGCAAUAAAGUUCAUUCUCUCUGGAAUUGACGCAAAUAUAUUUGAGUUUGUCAAUGAUUUGCAAGUGUUUGUCAAAGAUGUGUUUGCACGUUUAAAACUAGCGCGGAAGAUUUUACCCGGUGGAUGCUUUCCACUAGCUUUAACCAGUUGCCCAGCUGUGUUUGAUGCCGAUAUUGGACUAUCUUCUACGGCGGAAUGGUAUCAGCUUAACUCAAAUACAAAUGUUAAAUUUACGCUUGGUAUUACAUUUGUCGUCAUCAAUGGCUUCCCAUUACCAAUUUCACUUAGAGGAGUUCAGGUUGAGACUGGAUCAAACUGGAAACUUUCUCUGGCUAGUUCAUACAGGAAAGAAAGUGAUGGGACACUCUUAAACACUCCGAGGAAGCCAGGGUGUAAUAUCUCACUUACUUUACAAGAUAUACAAGACUUCAUUAAAGGAAACUCUUUUAUCAACACAUAUUUCAACACUUUGACGAACCUCCUUCCGAAAUGGAUAAGCAUCCUUCCAACCGACAAAACCCUUCUUGGAACAACAAGCUUGAAAUCUAGCGUCAUGACUGGAGAACAGUUAUCCCUUAUUAAACCAUGUGCUGGAGCCCCUGUUUUCAAGGACAAGAUAUACUCGACAUUUCGCUUUGAAACGGACACUAAAUUGGUUGUUUUCGAUCACGAGGUUACGAUUCCAGUACUAAAAGGACAGCAGUUUUGUUUGAUCGUAGAUUUAUGCCAAGACCUUGGCGGUACAGUUAUUCUCAUGUUCCCGACUCCACUAUCGAGGAGAAAACGGGAUACUUACUCUGGUUGUGACAUUCUUAGUAAAAUACCCAUGAUUGGUAAAAUUGAGAAUUCAACUGGAUUUGAUAUAUGUGUAAGAGGAAUGGGAUUCUCGCUAACUAAACAAUUGGAAGUUACGUCUCGUUUUUCGAGAACUCCAACUGCAGUAAAAUUAUGGAAUGGAGAUCAGCAUUUUGAUUACAAGUUGUUUCCCGCUGCUCAUGUAUGGCUGGCCGGUGAAGCACAUAUGGCAAAAACGAGUAAAGAACUUUCCAUCGACAUGUUUGCAGACACCCAACUUUUUUUAACAGUACCAAACCCCAUGAAG